UACAGUCAUGAGUCCCUUCAUCAUGUAUUCCAGUCAAAAUCCUUGGAAUUUUUUAGAUAUGGAAGUGAUAAUGAUAAAAGAAGAUGACAAGUGUUUAAGUCCUUUUCAAUUAAAAUCGAUACGGGUUACGUUUCUUCAAUAAGAACACGCAACUCGACACGAGAUAAUGUAAUAUACAAGUGUUACAAGUAAAAAAAUUUCGUCGAAAGUUAUUUUGUCAUUUAUUGUUCCGAGUACGCAAGCGGCGUUCGGAAUCUGUAUUGCCAGGGAGAUUCUCUGUUUUAAAAAGCUGCCUGCUCUUUUAGUUCGCCCCUGUUAAAAACUUGAUUUUAGAAUGGAAUUGUCUCUCCGCAAAACUCAGCUGCUUUGUGCUAUUAAUUAUCCAGGUUUUGUGAAAAAUUUUGAUCGAUUUGAGGAAGCAGUUGGUAUUGAAAAACUGCGCUCAACUCUGAGUAAUCCUCAGCUUCGAAUCACCUUGCAGUUAGACAGCAAAAACAACUUCGCAAAACCAAUUCUAGGAACACAGAAAUCAAUCGAUAAUCAGUUACUAUUGAAAGUUCGCCUUAAACGGAAAAAAGGAGCGCCUGCUAAGAGUUCACAGAUUAUUAAUUGUGAAAUUGUUGGAGUUCCCACCACUGCGUUUGAUUUUAACAAUAUGGCUGAUUUCCAGUAUUUACCAGUCGAACAGAAUUCCAGUGGCAAAAUAAUCGACAUGCAGAAAGCUCUAGUUGGUUAUGAUCCUGCUUCGCCUUUUCAUUCAUUCGGGGAGUUCUUGUCCCAGGAUUUACCUAUUAUUGCUUGUCCUUCGUUGUUCUCCAGGUUUGAACGUCCUGUGACUUAUUAUUUCCGACCGGAGUUUCAGGAUCAGUUCUCAGGUUCACAAAAACAAAAGAAAUCUGCUGAGGGAGAAGAAGAUGACAGUGUCGCUGACAAGGAUCUCGUCGCAAACUCUACCAGAAAGCGCCGCUUGAACGGUACGCAGUACAUGCGUUUUGGAGAUCCCACUGUUCCUUUCCAAAUUUGCCCCGCUAUUGUGAGUCAGAAAGUAUUUGGAAGAUUGAAAGAUAUUUCGAGUAGGCUCGAGAAAUUGUUUGCUAAAUGUCCAUGUUGGUUUACAAAGGCUCUGAACUACGAAUUCAAUGACAAUCUUGCAUAUCAGAAAAUACUGCUCAAAGGAGCUGUCCAGAGGCAUGCGUAUCUUUGUUAUACAGGACCUUGGUCAAGGCAAUGGAUACGAUUUGGCUACGACCCUAGAAGAGACCGUAACUCAAAGCUACUACAAACAAUGGAUUAUCGAUUGCCGAAGAAAUUUACAAAAACGAGACAAUUGGAUACGAACGGGUCACACAUCAAAAUCAAACGGGUCUUCAUGCAGAUUCCUGAUGGAGAAGUGACCUCGACGAGCGAAGAAGUUAAUGAAGCCAGAAGAAAACAGACGGAGAAAGUGGAAUUUGAGAUAUUUCCCGAUCAGUUGCCAACUUGCUACAACACCUUUUCACAGCUGCGCCAUAUCCACAUAGAGACAGUCCAGUGUUUGUUGCAAUCUCUGGACAAUGACACAGACUGUCAAUUGAGUGAGACUGACGGCUGGUACCCACCAGGAACUCUGAACAGAAUCAGAGUGGAGAUAGAGAAUACACAUAGACGACUGCGCAAGUUCAGAGAAAUAGAAGAGGGCUGUGGCUUGAUGUCAGGCACGGCAGAUUAGAAAAUCUAGAUUAUUUACAAAAAAUUCAAAUUGUUAAAUGGAAAGAAAAUAAUUUUUUGUUUUCUUGAACGCAGUUGAUUUGUACGUAGAAAGUGCAGCUAUUUGUUUUGAAGAAAAAUUUAUCAAUUCUUGAUUAG